AUGAAUGCCUCUCCUCGUUUACAAGUAUUGACAGCUGACCAAGCAAGCAGUUGCUUAUUUUUAACUUCAAAAACGCUCGCACAACGUAUGUAUUAUUGUUAUAAAGACCCAAAUAAUGUUAGAAAUUGGUGGGUAGUUAGAAAACUACCAGGUAGUAAUCAUUACAUCUACUUUGAUGAUACAGGUGCCAUUGAAGGUGGUUCAGAGUAUCGUGACAGAUUAAGUUUACUCGUAUCGAGAUUAGGUGAUCAAGGUACUGAAUACUUUGCAUUUAAUAAUAAACCUUAUUACAAUGACUUUGAGGAGGAGCCAAAAACCAAACCACCAAGCUACGGAGAGAUUGCACCACAAGUCGUAAAACAACUAAUUCAGAGGACUGAAUCGCUCAAAUCCCUUUCCAAGGGUAUCGUAUCGUACAGUACAUCAAGUAGAUCAGGUUACCAUUUAAAGCAUUCGUUACAAGGCUUCCCAGUACCUAUCAGACCAUCUACUACAGGAUCACCAUCAGCGUCAUCAUCUGUCAAGACACCACUCACACAUCCAAAUGAAUGGUUACCAACAGACUUUGUAACCGAUCCCAAGGAGAUAGAUACUACUAGUCUUUCGUAUGGACAUAUCUUUAUCUGUCAAUCUUUUGAUAAUAUCGAUACAAGUCAAAUUGCUAAAGCAUUGGAUGCAGCCGAUCCAUACAUUUAUGCUACCAACAUUGUAGAUAGUGCCUCUAGAUCGUUGCUUGCACCUUUAUUUAUCGAAAAUAGAACACCUGCAACCUCAUCCUCUUCAUUGGACGGUAGUAUUAAAUCAUCUUCAAGUGUUACAUCUCUAUGGCAAUCAACAGCUUCAACUUUAAGUUUAAGUUUAACUUUACCUUUAAAAUAUAAAAUGAAUGGAAUUAAAAAUAUUAUUGAAGUAAAGAUUCCAAAUAGAUUUUCAGAGGUGUUUGGUAUUCCAGUUGGGUCAUCACAAUUCUCAUCAAAUCUAGAGAUGAAUAGUAUUGCAUUCUCGGAUUCCAAUAUUUUGGAAAGUGGUACACUUUGUGUUGGUGAUUUUGGUUAUGCAACCACUCAACCAGGUACCAUUGUUUGUGUUGCACAAGUUCCAGCCAACAUUCUCAAGUUUAUGCGUAUGUGUACAAACAAGUAUGUUGUUUCGGUUGAUGGUCAAGAACAGGUGGUUACAUCACACAUCACAUUCAACGGACCAUUGUUGAUUGACACGAGUGUUGCAGAGGGUGGUGGCAAGCCAAUACCACCAAGUUACACAACACAAUACUACCAAGCAUUAUCGAGUGCUGGUAAUCUAUUGCCACAUACUGCCUACUCUCAUCUUCCAACUGACAUGCUGUCUGUUGGUUGUAAUAGAUUUUGUCUCAAUAGUUUUAUGGAAGGUUUGACUCAAAGUACUGACAAGAAUGGGUUUAUUACCUACUCUGAAUCACGUCCUCAAACCAUCCAAGUUUACCUCACCUCAACAAUGCCAGGUUCUGUAGCAGUCUCUGUCACACAAGACCUAUCCCAAAAGAUCGUUCCAUUUACCCAGUUAAAGGGUGCUCUCUUCCCAAGCCAAGAUACUGAUAACAAUAUUGUACUUGUUUAUCGUACUCUCCAAAUGCUUGCCGAUAUUGUCGACAAACGAAUCAUUCAAGAAGGAUCACUCUUGAUUGACGACUUGUCAUUUAUCUUGUCCAUUGCACCUAAUAAUGUCGGUCUUGUCAACGGUCUCGCCAACACACCAAUCAACCUUGCUUCUCCUUGCUUGGAAGAGGUAUUACGUGCAUUCUCCCAUGCACUCAUCAAAUCAGUAUCCAACAAUCAUUAUACGAUGUCUCUGCAUUGUUAUUCCAACACCAUCCACCAUCAUUCAGAAUCAUCAAGUUAUUUUGUUCCUUCUAUCGUGGUCUUGUAA